CCUGCUGCACCAUGUCAGGGGACAGCGACUGCGCGAGGACGAGCCCGUCGGCGGGGUCGGCGUCGGACGCGGAGCUGCUGCCCGCCCGGCCCAGGUACGAGUGCUCGCUGUCCCCCGAGCUGGUCACCAAGGCCCGGGAGGAGCUGCAGGAGAAGCCCGAGUGGCGGCUGCGCGACGUGCAGGCGCUCCGGGACAUGGUGUGCAAGGACCAUCCCUACCUGGGCACCUGCCUGGACGACGCUUUCUUGCUGAGGUUCCUCAGGGCCAGGAAGUUCGACUACGACCGGGCGCUGCAGCUCCUGGUCAACUACCACACGUGCCGGAGGAGCUGGCCCGAGGUCUUCAACAACCUGAGGCCGUCCGCAAUAAAGGCCGUGCUGGAGUCGGGCUUUGUCACCGUGCUGCCUCGCUUGGACCCGCAGGGACGCCACGUUGUCUGCAUCCGCCCAGACAGAUGGACACCCAGUAAUUAUCCGAUUACUGAGAACAUUCGUGCCAUAUACUUAACGUUAGAAAAACUCAUUCAGUCCGAAGAGACCCAGGUGAAUGGAAUUGUAAUCCUGGCAGACUACAAAGGAGUCAGCUUAUCUAAGGCGUCUCAUUUUGGUCCUUUUGUAGCCAAAAAAGUGAUUGGAAUUCUUCAGGAUGGAUUCCCCAUUCGAAUAAAAGCUGUUAACAUAAUAAAUGAGCCUCGUAUAUUCAAAGGCAUUUUUGCAAUCAUCAAGCCUUUUCUGAAGGAAAAGAUAGCAAACCGGUUUUUCCUUCAUGGCGGUGAUCUGAAUUCCCUUCAUCAAAACAUUCCUCCCGUGAUCCUUCCUGAGGAGUACGGUGGUACUGCAGGGAAGCUGGACAUCUCGGCAUGGAACGAGYUGCUGCUAGCCUCCGAAGAGGAUUUUCUCCACGAUUUCUCCCAGCUGCUGCUCCCCUCCGACAGCUCUCCCCACGACACGCUCGUGAGCGGGGAUGCUGAUGAAAAGCAAUGCGAUGAGUCUCUGCGAGGCAUGAAGCCUCAGCUCUAUUACUGCUAUUAACCAGCCAGCGAGGGGAAGCUUCCCAGCACAGCUAGGACCUCUUGUACUCUGCUAAGUGAUGUUGUGAACUCUGCCUUACUCCUGAACCUGCAGUUUAGGAACAGACUGCUGAGGCACUUUACACUGUAAAACCAAAGGAAGCUGAAGAGGGCACAGUGGGGGCAAGGCAGAGUUUGCAGAGGAGAAAGGCAAAGAGCACACAGCUGCCAAAUUAUCUAGAAUACUUAAGGUUCCUUAGCCUCUCUGCRAGUGAUGCAAACUGGAAUAUUCUUCCUAUUGAUAAAGACAAAAAAAGAAUCCUACUGUAGUGUAAACUUGGUAGUUUCCCAUCUCCCUUUGCUCACAGGUGAAAAGUAACUGUGAUUUACUAGCUUGGUGAUCAUCUCUUCCAUUUUCCUUCUGAAACAAGAUGAUCUAAAAYAAGAAAAUUGCAUUUGCAUCUUGCAAAAUAUAGUUCUGUCACUGGAAGAUUGCUUAAAAAAGUAAAGUCUGUGCUCUGGCACUUGGUCUAGAUUGUGAAUUGGCUUUUCAGGAAUAUUCAAAUGAAUUUUGGUUCAUAUUAUUAUGGAGUAACUGAAUAUCAGAAUAGAGAUUUUCUAUAUUUCUAGUAGGUAGAAUACCCAGUGGACUAGUUAUUGCACCAUUUAUAUCAAAGCUUAAUAUAAACAGAUGCAAUCUCCAUUUUCAAAAAAGGGUAAGUUUUACAGAUCUGGUACUAAGAAUUUUUGAUUAGACACAGUUUCAAAUUCUGAAGUUCAGGACCAAAAGAUAAAAAGCUCUGUCAGUCACAUUAUCAGUUGUUCUUUCCUUCAGCUGGUUGUGAUAAGGAACUCAGCAAGCACUUCAUAAGUAGAAUUUGUAAGGAAGCUUUGUAGCAGCUGGCAUAUAAUAUAUAGAAGGCAAUAUUUCAUGUAAGAAAGCAAGGUGCUUCUUUAGCUUGUUACUUUGCCAGAAUUUGAAUUCAAGGCUCUGUGAAACCAAAUGCAGCCAGGGUAUUUGAAAGCACAUUCAGAGUUUUCCUGCUAUGGUAGCAUUUUGUUUGCUGUGCUUGUCUGCUCUUUUGUGAAAUGUUACAACUUUGGUUUCAGCUUUGUUGACCCCCUUCUGUCUCUGGUUGGUAUAUUCCCCUACGAAGUUAGGCUUUAGCCAUCUCUGUGAUAGUUUCCCCACAACUUGUGUGUCUGUGCUUUUAGGUCCUUGUCUAGAGCCAGAACCAAGACUGUAAUGUCAAAUCAGGGUAAGAUAUACUAUGUCUGAAUAAGCUGCUCCCUCUUCCCAACUUCCUUCUGUUUACUGGCCUCGAGUUAGAAAUUAACCUCUCAGCACACUCUUUGCACGUAUUUUUCUGCACUAAAUGAGUGCAUAGGUGGGAAAUCUCACUAGGAAAGAAGAAAAGCACAUCCAACUAUAUCAAGGGGAAAUGUUUCACUCUUCAGUGAAAGACAGUAACCUUUCCAAUUGGAAUCCUCAUCUCCAGAGCACUUUUUUUCUGGGCGAAAAAAAUUUUCRUCCGUUUCGUUCGUACUUUAUUUAGUACUAAGUAUGAUACAGGUGCCAGUUCUCUAAAAACAAAGCUCUAGCAUCUCAAGGAGUUGAGACAUUCAUUUUUCAGAGUGCCAAACUUUUGAAUGUCUUUUUUCCUCUCAGUCCCUCUACAGCAYGAUUAGGCAAGGGAAACCCCUUCCAGCACCAGUAAUGACUUCCUGACCUGGCAGCUUACCAUCCAAGCAUCGUGAAAGCAGUUUAUAAAAGAAAGGGGUUUUGAAAAGAGGCAGACAUGCAGCUUUUCCCUAGGUAGCAAUUCAUAGUUUUAAUUGGAGCAAAACUCAUCACUUCAACUAUUGUAGAACUUACAUAAGAAGAAAUUUUCCUUACUUUAGGCAUCUGAUUUUUUGCUACCUUUGGGAGAGCUAUUACCUUAAAUGCAGGAAAAAAAAAAAAAAAAAUUUUCUGCUAUUUCCAAUAGGGCAGAAAUGUAUUGUUAGCCAAUUCCUCUUCAUUUCUGACCAAAGCCCACUGCGUGCUUUGCAGAGAUUUUGUACCAGCUAGCAAGACAUCAGCACAAAGCACCAGGACUUAAGAAAUGUGAGUGGCCACCAAGGCUAUUGAGCUGCUAGAACACAGAGGCCAAUAUUUAUAUUUGAGUGCCUAUUAAUUCCAUCUACCAUGUAUAAUUUAAAAAAGCAGGAUGGAACCUUUUCCUAGAGGUGAAGGUGCAACUGGUAUUUGAUAUUUCUUCACUAACUUUGGUGCAGGGUUUGAAGGGGUGAUACUUUUGACAGCCCWCCUUCCAGUACAGCUACUUGAUGCCCUUAAGGUAACUACUGCUGGAGGCCAAAUAGUCAAAAUUCAAUUUCCUAUCUUUAACAAGAGAAAAAUCCACAAGUGUUUACUGAGCAACAUCUACAGCCACCAUGCCUUUAUUUUUCCAKACUUUUACAUUCCCUUUCAUGCCUGAACUGAUAGCCUAGAUCUAUCUACUCCCUUUUUCUCCUGCUCACAGAUGAAGUUUAUUCUUGAACAGAACAGUGUACAUUAUUCAAGUUGAAAAUAGCUUGUCUUACCUCUAGAACAUCUUGUUCCUAAAGCUAGAUGCUUUGCAGUUGAUACGGAAGCUAAGCGAGGUUUACCUGCAUCAGUCACUUAAGUUCUGAAGUCAAAAAGGCAAGAAAUAUUUAAGUAGUUAAAGCAGCAUCUUCACCCAGCUGAAUCUCUAACUCUCUCUAGGUUUUUAAUGGGUGCUUAGCUUGUCUUACAGCAACCACAGCUGUCUUACAUGCACCUGAGCACUGAGCUGAAAGUGCUCUUUGAGCUUUGGCACUAGCAAAGAAAGCAGUUUUGUCCCAAAAUGUCUCAUGUCAGCACUUGAAAACUAAGCUAAACACACACCCCACCCUGCUCACAGCACUAAAACUGAUGGGAUCAUUCCCCCCCAACCCACCCCACUUAAAAAAACCUUUACCUGUUUCCAGGGGCUAUAAGCUUUUGGCUAGAACCUAAGCCAUUCCUGCCAAAUUCAACACAUAACAAGAGAAGAUACUCAAAUGUCACUGGGCAGCCAUGGCUUUUUGCAUUACUUGGGGCAAAACGUAGCUGCAGACUGUAAAUAAAAUACUUGAAUUUAUACUGGUACAGAGGGGUGUUACAAACCCUGAGGUAU